AAAAAGUGCCGUUUGAAGUCGGCGUGGCGCGGAACCAAGGAACAGCGGUGGUUCAAAUCUCCCCCCGCCUGCCACGUGUUCUUCUCCCCAUCCUUUAUCCUCCAUUCCCCUUCCGGCACCUGAAUUCCUCGAUUUUGAUUUGCAGACUGGAGCACUCCUUAAACGUUGCAAUUCUACCGCUCUCGAAAUUGAAAUUGUUUCAAUUACGUUGGUUGUCUCGCAAUUCAGCUUCUGUUCUAGGGUUUGGCCGCUUUCAUGUCCCGUGCUUUCGGUGCAUUGGGGGGGACUCCGCCGGGAAUCUCGCUUAUCCGGAGGAUCAGAGGCGAAGAAUGGAGUCUCACAACCUACAGAUACGUCGUCUUGUUGAUUACUUUUGUAGCCUAUACUUGCUACCACGCUUCAAGAAAACCUAGCAGCAUAGUCAAGAGUGUUCUGUGCCCAGUUCCCAAGGCGGUUAACGAGUUGUAUCCCUGGCCGGUUGGCAAAUUCUUUCUUAAGAGGGAAUUGGUUGAUGGUGUGAAUGGAUCGAGGCGCUAUGAUGGCUGGCCUCCGUUUAAUGGAUCCGAUGGGGCCUCAAAGUUGGGGGAGAUUGAUGUCGCGUUUCUCGCGUCUUACGCGAUUGGGAUGUAUGUUGCGGGGCAUUUAGGGGAUACGUUUGAUCUCCGUUUGUUUUUGACCUUGGGAAUGAUGGGGAGUGGUGUUUUUGUAGGGCUUUUUGGGAUGGGUUACUUCUGGAAUGUUCAUGUUUUCUGGUUUUAUCUGGCUAUGCAAAUGGUGGCUGGGUUGUUCCAGGCAACUGGCUGGCCUUCAGUUGUUGCUGUGAUAGGUAAUUGGUUUGGAAAAAGGAAGAGAGGGUUGAUAAUGGGUGUUUGGAAUGCCCAUACAUCUGUGGGGAAUAUUAGUGGGUCACUUCUUGCUGCCAGUGUUCUGGACUAUGGUUGGGGCUGGUCCUUUAUACUUCCUGGUGCUUUUAUUUUUCUGGGUGGGUUAGUGGUCUAUCUGUUCUUGGCUGCUUAUCCUGAGGAUGUUGGUUUGCCUUGCCCAUAUGGCUUUGCUGCAAAUGUGGGUACACUGCCUAAUGAAGAAGAAUCUCAGACGAAAAGGGUAGAGUUGCUGGAAGGUGAAAAGAAGACUGCCCCUGGAGUGGCAUCAGGGAAUAGGAAAAGUGUUGGGCUUCUUGAAGCUUGCCUAAUACCAGGAGUGAUAACAUUUGCUCUGUGCCUCUUCUUCUCAAAGCUUGUGGCAUACACGUUUUUGUACUGGUUACCAUUUUAUCUAAGUCAAACAGCUAUUGGUGGAGAAUAUAUGUCAGUAAAAUCUUCUGGAAAUCUUUCUACUCUGUUUGAUGUUGGGGGUAUUUUUGGUGGGAUCUUGGCUGGCUAUAUAUCUGAUAGACUUAAUGCUCGGGCAACUACUGCUGCCAGCUUCAUGUACAUGGCAAUCCCUGCAAUGAUCCUAUAUCGGUCAUAUGGCAAUAUUUCAAAAACAGUUAAUAUUGUACUAAUGAUGAUUGCUGGCUUAUUUGUGAAUGGACCCUAUGCUCUUAUCACCACAGCAGUCUCUGCAGAUCUUGGUACACACAGUUCUCUGAGAGGGGAUGCCCGAGCACUGGCAACAGUUACUGCCAUUAUUGAUGGUACAGGAUCUGUUGGUGCAGCUCUUGGCCCCCUUCUUACAGGGUUCCUCUCUGCACAAGGAUGGGGUGCUGUGUUUCUGAUGCUAAUGGUUGGUGCUCUCAUAUCUGGUCUUCUUUUAUCCCGUUUGGUCAUAGCUGAACUUACUGAGAGAAGCAGCAAAUGGAAAUCUUUAACCAGUGGACAGCACACUUCUGGAGCAGCCCCUGCAUCUCAACCCCUUCUGAGCGAUGAGAGCUGAUAGCAGGUGUGGCAAAUGGUGUAUCAUCCUGUCAGCAAAAUUACAAACACAGAAACAUAGCUAGCUUAGCUAGGUAUUAUAGUGACAUUUUGUAUAUGUGGAAGUCUGGCAUGCAUGCUCGCUCAUCUACUUCUUAUCUUAUAGUGAAUGUUUGUUGCUGUUUUAUGAAAUAACCUGAAGCUGUAAUAGAUUCUUCUUUUGCCUUGUAGAAGAUAGCAUGAGGCUAUAAAUAAAAAUUAAAUAGAAAGUUAAAAAUCA